AAUCGUCACGUUGUAUCAAUAUGACCCUAGAUGAUAUAAAAUGUUUUUUUUUAUACAACAGAUAAUGAGAGUAUUAAAUAAGCAUAAAAUAAUAAAAUUAUAGCAAUUGUAAAGUAUCAUUCAAUCGAUAAAGUUGAACAGUAAAAUGACUCCAAUAAUUGAAGAAAAAAUUUUAAAUGAUAAAUAUAUAUCAAUUGAAGAAGGACAACCAAUAAAUGUUGUUAUGAAAAAAGAUAAAAAUAAUUAUUCACGUUUUAUUGGUUCAAUUAAAAUUGUACUAUUUUUACAAUUAAUUAUUGCAAUUGUAUAUGUGAUGCCAACUUUGAUAAAUUUUAAAAAUGAAAAAAUUGAAGAUGUUAAACUUGAAUCGAUGACUGUCAAUGAUCAUAUUGAUGAAAAAUUAUUAGAAAAUAUUUCGAACAAUUUAUUAAACGACAAUUUAAUGUUGGAUACAAUUAUGCCUGUUGAGAUUGAUACAUUGCUAAUACCGUCAACGACCCCAGGCACUUCAAAUGACCCACGGAUUAUCAGCAAAGAUAUUAUUGAAUCAUCACAACAAGUAGAUUCAAAUGAAGAGUAUUUUGAAACUAACGAACCAGAGAAACAAAAUUAUGAUUAUCAAACGAAUAUUGAUAAUGAUAAAUUAGCAAUUUGUACAACUUCUGAUAUUGUUGAUGAUAAAAAAGAAAGCACAUCAAUGGAAAAAAUAAUUGAUCAUAUGAAUGAUAAGGUUGAAGAAAUUUUUGAUAUUGGCUCGACACUUUUGGCAGCAUUUAAUGAUGCAUUAGAAAAUGAAAAAGAAUCGAAAUCAAUUGAACAACAAAAUGACAAAAUUAAUAAUGAAAAUGUUUCUGGAAAUUUAGAUAUUCCAGAUGGUUUAUUAGAAACUAUUGACACAACAACAGAUCAACAUGAACAAUUAAAACAAUAUUGUGAAAAUAAUAAUGGUGUUUUAACAAAAAUAACUGACACUCUAUGGGAUGCUUCGGAUAAUUAUUAUUCAUUUCCAUAUGUUUGUGUACUUAAUAACAGUGGAAAUAUUAUAAAUUUUUUUUAUGAUGAUGGAACAAAUACGAGCGAGGAAAAAUGGACUGAUUUUAAAUAAUAAUAAUUACCGCCGACAAUUUGUAUUUAAAUGUUUCUUAAAUUAAUUAUUGUCUUAUUGAUAAAAGUGUUUUUUUUUUAAAUUGAUAAUAAUAAUAUGAGAAUAUUUAUUUUGUUGUGUAAUUAAAUUUGUUUGUUAUUUGUUUAAAAAUAAAUUAUUUUAUUAUGAGUAA